AUGAACAAGAGGCCUUUAGUUGAAGUUAUCAAUCUUGGUCUCAUCAGAUACAAUGCCGGCUUGGAAUUUCAAAACGUGGUCAGAAAAAAAUUGGUUGAUGAAAAAAAUGCAAGUGCGAGGGUGCAGAGGUUAAUAUUUUUAGAACAUUACCCUACCUAUACAAUUGGCAUCCGUUCAAGAGAUUACACGAAAGAGUUGGAAGAUAAAUUAUUGAGAUCAGGAGCUGAUUUUCAUAGAACUGAUAGGGGAGGGUUGAUCACUUUUCAUGGUCUUGGUCAACUAGUUGUUUAUCCAAUUUUCCAUUUGAAAGAUUUCAACCUGACUUUGAGGAAAUAUGUGGACCAGUUACAAAAUGUUGUCAUUGAAACAGCAUCCAGGUUUGGGUUGAAAGCUUAUACAUGUAAACAUGUUGGUGUAUGGGUCAAUGAUAAAAAGUUAGCUGCUUUAGGUAUUCAUGCAAGUCAUUUUGUAACUACACACGGUUUUGCAAUAAAUUGUAACACUGAUUUGACCUGGUUCAAUAAAAUUGUGCCAUGCGGUAUUCAUGACAAAGGUGUUACAUCACUAAGUAAUGAAUUGAACAAAAAUAUUACAAUUGAAGAAGUUAAGCCAGAAGUUAUUUAUUCAUUCAAACAAAUUUUCAAUUGUGACUUUACCAAAUGA